GCACAAUGUUGCUAAUUAAUUUCUAAUGUGGAGCUUCGAAUCUCCUCUGAUCAAGGAGCAGAUCAGCCGGAUCAAAGAGGCCUUUGGCACGCCCUCGAUCUCGUGCGGCGUGCUGCAUCACGGCCAAGUCAUUUUUCGCCAUUCCGAGGGCUAUGCCAACGUGCAGGAGGGGAAGAAGGCAGAUAGCGAUACGGUUUACCUAAUUGCUUCAUGCUCCAAGGCCUUCGUCUCGGCCACGUGCGCAAUCCUGGCCCACGAAGGGGUGCUCUCCUGGGACAGUCCGGUGUCCAAUUACCUGCCCGAAUUCGUGACGCCGGCCGACGAGAUCGUGGGCCAGCGCGCCACGCUGGCAGACCUCUGCAGCCACGGCACCGGCUUGGCCCCGAUUGACCACGCCGUCAUGGGCUUCUGGGACGAGUUCUACGGCGACGGGGCCGACCAGGUUGCCGUUUCUGCCCGGCUGCCCGUGGUCUACGACUUCCGGUCCCGCUUCCUCUACAACAACAGCAUGAUGGGCGUUGCCGGCGAGGUCAUCCGCGAGGUGUGCGGCAAGAGCACCGGCACUGUCCUGAAGGAGAAGAUCCUGGCCCCGCUGGGACUGACGAGGACCUGCACCAGCGCGGCCGAGUACCCCGCGGACGGGAACGUGGCGAUCGGAUACUCGGUUCUGGACGACGGCUCCGUGCUGCCCCUCCGGGAUCCGCACUGCCGCGACGGCAGCGUCCAGGCCGGCGCCGGGUUUGUGCGCAGCACCGUCAAUGACAUGCUCCGCUGGGCAAAGGCGGUCAUGGAUUCGGAGAAGGCCGAGGCGCGCGGCGAGACCCCCCUGCUGCCCGGCAUCUCCUUCACGCGCUGUGCGCACCGGCCCUUGGUGAUGGAGGACGGGCUCGGCGAGAACUCGUACGGGAUGGGCUGGUUCCGGCACACCCUCCCUUCCCGCUGGCUCUCAUCCAUCGGCCCUAACUCCAAAUUGCUGGACGAUGACCCCCCUGUGAUAGGCAAGAAUAGCCCUCCGCGGCUCGCCCUCGCUCAUUACGGCGAGUUUGGUGGCUUUCUCGCCGCAUUCUACACCUUCCCGGCCACCGACAGCGCGAUCGUCGUGCUGGCCAACUCGGCGCAGUCGCGCGGCGAUCCGACGGACCUGAUCGCCCAGGCUCUCUGCCAAGAGCUCUUCGACAUGCGGCCCCGCGUCGCGCUGGACCAGUACGCAAGAGAAAGCGCCCGCCGGGCAGGGCUCAGGUGGUCAGCGCUGGUCCGCGAGUGGGAAGCCAACCGGGUGCCCGGCACGAGGAUGAGGAACCCGGCCGACUACGUUGGAACCUAUACGAAUGAGGGGUUCAAGCUCGCCAUCAGGGUGUACCUCCUGCCCGACUCGGCUGCCGCAGCGAGAUCUGGGGGGAAUAAUAAUCCGGAGCUGCUAGGGUUCCAGGUCAACGGGCUGCCGCGGCAGACGGCCAAACUGCGGCAUUACCACUACGACACCUGGACCUUCCUCCCCGAGUCCCGCGACGACGCCUCCCGCAAGGGCAUGGAAUUAUACCUGGCGCUCCCGUAUGUACUGCUCGAGUUCAAGCGAGGCCAUGAUGAUCGGGUGUGCGCCCUGGAAUGGGAUCUCCAAGGCGGCGACUGCGAGGGUCCGGCGCCGGGGCUCGAUAGCUUGGUGAAACCGGUCAGGUUCGAGCGAGUGAGUUCGAUUCGCAGCUAUUUAUAAUUUCCAUAAUUAAUUCAUCAGACUCCCGUGAUGUUCUCUCCCCCAUUGAACCGAAUCAAUCACGCUGCUGAGGUCCUUUAACGAUCGGCCCAGUCCUCGAAAUGGUUAGUAAUUAUGCAGGUGUGAAGAAAACCCAAAA